CAAACAUACAAAACAAGCGAGAUGCCGAGGUAACUCGACACAGUGGCGGCGAUAAUCUGGGGGCAGCGUCCACUGUCCGCUGUCCACCGUCCACCGUCCACCGGCGAUUGUUAAAAAGGGCAAGCAAGACAAAGUCGGGUCAUCAAAUCAAUCACCUUUCCCUGCUGCUGUUGCUGCUUGUCAUCUUCACCUCCUCUCUCCUACUCUAGUCGCCUCUUCUUCGUGGGAACUGCAUUAUUGACCGUUGCUUGUCUCUGUACCUCUUUGCGGGUUGAUUGAAUCCAAACUGCCUCUGUAGAAAGAGUCCGGUGGAGAACGAUCGAAGAAACAUACACAAUGGCCACACAGCGACUGGGCUCAAUCUUCUCACACCUCUCGUCCUCCAAGACGGGGGUGGCUGCUAUCACCCAGAAGAAUCCCGAUGACAUUGUCAUUACCCUCGCCAUCCGGACACCCCUCGCCAAGGGCAAGAAGGGCGGCUUCAAGGACACCGACCUCGACUACAUGGUGUGGGCGCUGCUGAAGGAGGUCGUCGCCAAGAGCAAAAUCGACCCUGCGAUCGUCGAGGACAUCUGCUUGGGAAAUGUCGGCGACGCGCGCGCCGCAUACAAGGUCCGCGCCGCCAUGUUGGCCGCAGGCUUCCCCCACACCGCCGCCGCCUCGAGCGUCAACCGCUUCUGCUCCUCGGGCCUCAAGGCCGUGCAGGACAUCGCCAACCAGAUCUCCAACGGCUCCAUCGACAUCGGUAUCGCCAUGGGCGGCGAGUCCAUGAGCAACAACGCCGGCAAGGACACCCCGUUCUCCCCCGAGAUCAUGGCGAACCAGGAAUCCGCAGACUGCACCCAGCCCAUGAUCCAGACGUCCGAGAACGUCGGCAACGACUUCAACAUCACGCGCAGGAUGCAGGACGAGUACGCCUGCGAGAGCUUCCGGAGGGCCGAGGUCGCGCAGAAGGCCGGCUGGUUCGAGGAUGAGAUCGUGCCCAUCACCACAAAGGUCAAGGAUCCCAAGACGGGAGAGGUCCACGAAGUCACCCUGACCAAGGACGAGGGCCCCAGAUAUGGCACUACCCUGGACAGUCUGUUGAAGAUCCGUCCUGCCCUACCGCAAUUUGGAGACAAGACGACUGGCGGCAACGCCAGUCAGGUUACCGAUGGAGCCGCCGCCAUCCUCCUCAUGAAACGUUCCAAAGCUCUCGAACUCGGCCAACCCAUCAUGGCCAAGUUCUGCGGCGCCACCGUCGCUGGUGUGCCCCCGCGGAUCAUGGGUAUUGGCCCCACGGCCGCCAUCCCCAAGCUGCUCGGCAAGUUCCACCUGACAAAGGACGACAUCGACAUCUUCGAGAUCAACGAGGCCUUCGCCUCGAUGGCCGUGUACUGUCUCAACACGCUCGGCCUCGAGCAUGAGAAGAUGAACCCUCGGGGCGGCGCAAUCGCCUUGGGCCACCCUCUGGGCGCCACCGGAGCGCGACAGAUCUGCACGAUUCUGAGCGAGGCUAGGAGGACCAAGAAGAAGAUCCUCGUCACCAGCAUGUGCAUCGGCACGGGCCAGGGCAUGGCUGGUCUGUUUGUCAAUGAGCAAUUGUAGGGCUGUGUAGGUUGUAAGUUGUGUGCUCUAAUACCAUUGGACCGGAUUGUCGCUUGCAGUUGAGGGACAUUGACGGUCCAUGAAAGGAAGAGCUGGACUGCACGAAUGACUGACUGACUUAUUGACGGACUGACGUGUCAAGACAACUCAAUGUUCAGUGUGAAAUUGUGAAAAGAGCUGUCCGAAUGUGCAUUGCAUCCGUCUGGUUUUGGAGCAUCGCUUCGAUCGACAGCGUGCGGUUGUCGCCGCCGUCGUCGUCGUAGCGUGGCGGGCUCUUUGUGAGAUAAAAGCGAGCACAUAUAUUAUUUGCAGCAUGAAAAUGAAAUCAACUCAUGUACCUACAACAUGAA